UAGAAGUGAAAAUCGUUGAAAGGAAAAGUGCUCGAGUCCGCCGCAGCAGGUUAACGAACGGUGGCGCAACUGCAAGCUCUCAUAUAAACCCUACCUGCUUUACUGACUCUACCAUCACCAUGUCCAACGACUCUUUGUUCGCCGGCAUUCGUUUUGAUAGAAAGAGAUUCGGCGCCGAUAUUGCCAGGUUUCAGAAAAAAGAUGCCGGUACCAGUUUGGCAAAGAUUCAGAGUGUGACAGAAGAUGAAGAAACCAAGGAAACAAUAGAAGCCGUGUCUGCGAAGAAAAGGAAGCGCAAGAAAACCUCUUCUGAAGCUGUUGAUGGAUUCAGUGUGUUCCGAAGUUCAACAUCGAAGUCAAAUGAUAAAGUCCAAGCCGAUGAUGAUGAAUCCAUUCGGUUGAAGAAAGAAAAAAAUAAACAACUCGAGCGUGAUGCUAUCUUCAGGAAGAGCCAUAACAUUCAUGUCUCCGGUUACAAUGUGCCGUCCCCACUUCAAAGCUUUGAUGAGUUGAAAACAAGUUAUAAAUGUCCGUCCUAUUUAUUGCGGAAUCUGGCAGAACUUGGAUUCAGAGAACCAACACCAAUCCAACAGCAGGCUAUUCCAGUACUCUUACAGGAUCGUGAAUGCUUUGCCUGUGCCCCAACUGGCUCUGGAAAAACCCUUGCAUUUGUGUUUCCCAUGCUCAUGAAGCUCAAGGCUCAUUCAAAAGAUGGCGUUCGAGCUGUUAUCAUCUGUCAUAGCCGUGAAUUAUCUGGUCAAACAUACCGAGAAUGCAAAAAGUUUGCCAAAGGGGAAAAGUUUCGUAUCAAGUUAAUGACAAAACAUCUUUUAGAAGGUUCUGAUUUUUCAAAAUUUCCUUGUGACAUACUUAUAUCCACGCCCUUUCGAUUACGCUUGGCUACCCAGAGGAAAAAGCUUGAUCUCAGCAGAGUUGAGUAUCUUGUCCUUGAUGAGUCUGAUAAGCUAUUUGAGCCUGGAAUGUUCAAGCAGAUUGAUGCUAUUAUCAAAGCAUGCACAAAUCCCUCAAUAGUACGCUCUCUGUUCAGUGCUACUUUACCUGAUUUUAUUGAAGAUAAAGCUCGAGAACUUAUGCAUGAUGCUGUUCGGGUAAUCGUUGGCAGGAAGAAUAUGGCUUCUGAAACAAUUAAGCAGAAGUUGGUUUUUACUGGAAGUGAAGAAGGAAAACUUAUAGCAAUUCGGCAGAGUUUUGCAGAGAGUCUAAAUCCUCCAGUAUUGGUCUUUGUCCAAAGCAAGGAGCGAGCCAAGGAGCUGCAUGGUGAACUUGCAUUCGAAGAUAUUAGAGUUGAUGUCAUCCAUUCUGAUUUGUCUCAAGAAGAGCGAGAAAAUGCAGUUGACAACUUCAGAGCUUGUAAAACAUGGGUUUUGAUUGCCACUGAUGUGGUUGCUCGAGGAAUGGAUUUCAAAGGCAUUAACUGUGUGAUCAAUUAUGAUUUCCCAGAUUCUGCAUCUGCAUAUAUCCACAGAAUUGGUCGUACUGGUAGAGCAGGCAGGAGUGGCGAAGCGAUUACAUUUUACACAGAAGAGGAUAUUCCAUUCUUGAAGAACGUUGCUAAUCUAAUGUCAUCCUCAGGCUGUGAAGUUCCAUCCUGGUUGACGGAGUUGCAGAAAAAGAAGUGGAGGAAGCACCGACCCAAAAGAGAUUCUAUCUCAACUAAACCUGACAAAGUUGCAAAAAAACAAAAAAAAGAAGUGGAGGAAGCACAGGCCCAAAAAGAUUCUAUCUCAACUAAACCGGAUCUUUAAGCCUAUCAAACAACAGAUUGGAACAAGUUUUUGACCUGUGAAAUUUCUUGAAAUGUUUAUUUCUUGAAAGACCAUGCUGCAAUGUUAGAAUUUAUAAAUCUCCAUCUCCAAAAAUGAUGAAAAGGGGGGUGAGUGGAUGGUGUGCAGGCAAUGUUGUCUAAUGCCUAUUUAAGUUCAAACCAUGAUAUGAUCAUUAUACAUUAUCACCUUAGUGCCAGUUGCCAAACCCAUAAAUGGGAAUUUUUGUGCCUUCCUUUGUACUGAACAUACAAUUUUGUUGAUACUAUAAUGUUUGAUUUGAUAACUUUGAAACUCCAUUUCAUUUAAUAGAUUUUCUUUGUAUGA